CCGGGACGUAUGACGGGUGCGGGUAACUAUGGUGGCUACAACCAUAACGCUCGUUCUCCGCCUCGUUAUGGGCGCUCUAGUCGUUCUCCACCCCGGUACCGCGAUGAGCGUGAUCGUGACUACUACGACCGUCGUCCACGCUCACCUCCUCGUCGUGGAUACCGCUCGCCAUCACCCCGUGGUGGCCCUCAAUUCCCUCUCCCAAGACGCCACGGCCGCGAUGUCCCCGAAGUCCAGAUCCUCGUCCUCGACGAGGCGGAUCGUAACUUUGUCAAAUUCGUUGAUGCAGCAUUCGCCGCACAAUUCCGCACGCACACACUCUCCCUCUCCCCCCGCCUCCCCGUCGACGAAGUCAUCCGACAAAUGGUCGUCGAAGGCGUGGACGCAGUCGUCAUCCUCAACCGAAACCUGCAAUACAGAAACAAAAUCAGUCUACAGUGCUUUGAUCGCCGAGGUGGCGCGAAUGUCAAGUUUGAGGAGUAUGCGGAUGUGGAUAUCAAUGUCGGUGUCGCGCUCGUGCAGAGGUUGAAGCAGGCGGCUGCUGCCGUCGCUGCUCCUCCGGCUAUGGGGUAUGGUAUGCCUCCCCCGGUUGGGUACCCGCCCAUAGCUGCUCCCCCUGUCGCCGCCGCUCCCGGUGCGAACCUCGCGAACAUCAUCUCCUCCCUCGACCCAGCGGCUUUGCAGAAUGUCAUCGGCGCACUUGCGAAGGCACAGCAACCUGGUGCUGCACCCGUGGCUCCUGGAUACCCACCCGCUGGACUUCCUGCUGGCUUUGCUAUGCCUGGGUAUCCCGGAGCUGGAGCACCAGGACCAGGACCAGCGACUCAGGGUGCGCCGACGCAGCAGGUGCAGGAUAUCAUGGCGCAGUUGGCAAGGUUGCAAGGACGGCAGUAAGCAUCGGUCAUAUGCGAUAUAGGAGUUGGAAGUCUGGAUAAUCUGAUACGACAGCUCAUCAGGUAGUAGAUAGCUGUAUAUUGUAGUAAUGCAGAGUGAUUGAACGAUUAUAUGAGC